CUAGUGGAGAAUAUGCUCAUCGAUGGGGAAAGAAUUUGAUUGAAUUUUAGUGGAACAUGAUCAUCGGCUGGAUCAAAUUAAGAGGAGUGAACCUUAUCUUUCAAUUGGCCCGUUGCCCAUACGCAAUAUGGUGGGGUCAAUUGAUAUAGUUGCUUAAACGCCUAUGUAAAGAUGUCUAAGACUUUAGAAUUGUAGAAAUAAUCAAAGGUACGAGUUCGAAUUUGAGUAGCUGUAGUGUAAGAGUUUUAAUUCAUAUGUUUAUCGAGUUUGUUGUAGGUAUUGAUCUCUAAUGCCAUAAAUCUAAGCUAUGAUUUACACCUCACAUCAUGUUUUACGAGAAUGCGCAUGUAAAAUCAAUGGUUAUAGGUAUUACAAAAUAAGAUACCAGUGAUGGAUUAGUGACAAAUUAGGGUUGGUUCUUUUUGAGAAACUAUAUAUGGGUCUUGUGAAAACAAAUUAUCGUUCUUUUGAAAAAUAUAAAACAAAUACUAUAUUUAUGUAAGUUAAUACCAUGUAAAUGAAAAAAUAUAUCAUCGUUUCGUGUAAGACCCUUUGAGAGCCAUUUCUUGGACUUACAAAAUAUACCUAUUUUCUCCUUCACGUAUCAAAUUCAAUGGUUUUAAAAAGUAAGAUUCGGGUCCAAUUUGAUGUGAAAUUAAUUGUAUGGAGGUGAUGAGAAAGAAUCUUGUUGCUCUUGACCUACCUUGAUCAUGUUCUUCACUCAAAUUUCCCAUAGAAUCUAUACCUUCUCCACAAACUCUCUCUCCUAUAAAUACAUCUCCAAACCAACAACUACAUGCACAAACACAUUUGUAUUCUUUCAUCUUACACAUACAUCAUAGAAUUAUGGCUUCUAGGAGGAUUCUGAAAGAGCUCAAGGAUCUUCAAAGAGACCCUCCAGCCUCAUGUAGUGCUGGACCGGUGGCUCAAGAUAUGUUCCAUUGGCAAGCGACCAUCAUUGGACCAAAUGAUAGUCCCUACUCUGGUGGUGUCUUCCAAGUUACCAUCCACUUCCCUCCUGAUUACCCUUUUAAGCCACCAAAGGUUGCUUUUAGGACCAAAGUGUUCCAUCCAAACAUUAACAAUAAUGGUAACAUCUGUCUUGAUAUUCUCAAGGAUCAAUGGAGUCCUGCACUCACCAUAUCCAAGGUUUUGUUGUCAAUAUGUUCACUGCUGACAGAUCCGAACCCAGAUGACCCGUUGGUUCCCGAAAUCGCACAUAUGUACAAGAUAGACAAGGUCAAGUAUGAAGCCAUGGCUCGAAGUUGGACUCAAAAUUUGUUGAGCAUCACAAAAUGGAAAGAAGUUUAA